CGGAACUCAACUCUUGACAGUCCAUGGAAUAGAGAAAACUAAAAUUACACACAAAUUAAAGGUUCCUUCCAAUAAAUCAUAGAGACUCUAUUCAUCAUUAAUGGCCCUGAGCCCGCUUUCACCCUCAAGAAAAAUGUCUGCAACCACGAUCGUGCGUGAAGACGACGCUUAUUGACGGACAUUUUAAACAUUUUGGCGCUUGAGUUAACAUUUUUAUUAUGGAACCGUGCUGAACAGUUGGUGUACAAAACUGUCUGACUUGUUUCGAACGUAGAUUGGUAGAGCUCCCCAAUCUCUUCAUUUUCAAGUCGGAGGCAUGUUUGGUGCAACAACAGGGUUUGGUGCGGCCACCACCGGAGCGGGAAUGUUCGGCCAGACUGCAGCGACAGCUGGGGGUACCCAUAACCCUAUGAAAGACUUUGAGGUGGCCAAUCCACCGGAUGACAGUAUUAGUUCACUUGCGUUUAGCCCAGGAACAGUGCCAACAACUUUCCUUAUUGCAGGAUCAUGGGAUAAUAAUGUUCGUUGUUGGGAGGUGCAAAACACAGGAGCUACGGUACCCAAGGCUCAACAAACACACCAGGGCCCUGUCCUCGACGUCUGCUGGAAUGAUGAUGGUACGAAGGUGUUUUCUGCAUCUUGUGACAAGACCGCCAAGAUGUGGGACCUAAACAGCAAUCAAGCCAUACAAGUUGCUCAGCACGAUGCACCGAUUAAAACCAUCCAUUACAUCAAAGCUCCCAAUUACUCGUGUAUCAUGACAGGUAGCUGGGAUAAAACACUCAAGUUUUGGGACACACGGUCACCCAACCCGAUGGCCAAUAUACAACUCGGUGAACGCUGCUUCUGUGCUGAUGUGGUUUAUCCAAUGGCUGUGGUCGGACUCGCAGGCAAGAAGAUCAAUAUUUACAGAUUGGAGAGUGGGCCUCAAGAAUACAAAGUUAACCAAGACUCGCCUCUCAAAUUCCAGCAUCGUUGUGUCGCCAUAUUCCAAGAUUCCAAAAAGACCAACCCAGCUGGCUAUGCACUCGGCAGCAUAGAGGGCCGAUGUGCUAUACAGUUUGAGCCUGUCACAAACCCGAAAGACAACUUCACAUUCAAGUGUCAUCGCUCAAAUGGUGCUGCUAGUUAUUCGUAUCAAGACAUCUACGCAGUGAACUCUAUAGCAUUCCACCCUGAGCAUGGUACGCUGGCAACGGCAGGCUCCAACGGUAAGUUCAGCUUCUGGGACAAAGAUGCUCGGACCAAGCUGAAGACGUCUGAAGAGAUGGAGAACCCUAUCACGGCGUGUAAGUUUGAUGCUAAGGGCAAUAUAUUCGCCUACGCCGUCAGCUACGACUGGUCAAAGGGUCAUGAAUUCUACAAUCCUCAGAAGAAGAACUACAUCUUCCUCAGAGGGAACGCCAUGGAGGAAUUACGGCCAAGAAAUAGGAAGAGAUAAAACGAAAUCAUGGAGACUUCAAGUCGGUUCUUCAACAAAUUUGUCUUUUAAAUGUUUAUAUUUUUCUUCCAUUAGACUGUUCCUUAUUACAACUAUGGGCUGUUCAUGAAAACAACAGUCUGAGAAGCUUGUUGACAUUCAUGUUUAUUGUCUACGCCCUCUAUGUCGGCUUUUGGUAAUUCGAGUAAUACCAAAUGUAGACGGGUGAAGUGCAUUGUCAUCCAUGUCCUACGCCCUCUAUGUCAGCUUUUGGCAAUGCGAAGACGGGUGAAUUUGCAAAAAUGGGAGCAGUCGAAUAUCUGGAGAGCUGAAGCUUGCCAGUCAGCUAGAAAGUCACACAAAAGCUUCUCUUUGACCCACUGGUCUUGCCAAGGACUGCUGAGAUGGGCUGAUGAACAUGCUACAUUUCACCUUCAAGGGAUGACUUGGUAACGAGCAUUGGAGAGCUGUUGGUAGUAUAAGACAUUGUGGGAAACAACUCCCUCUGAAGUAAU